UAGGUUUCUUCAGCCAAAUCAAACCGCUUUGUAGCAGCUGCUAAACAGUAAAGAUGCAAAUUUCAUACUUGAACCAAUGUUGAGCACCUAAACGAAUGCCUUCCGCGUCACUUUUGUAUACUGACAGUGGCAUCUUUUGCAGCUGGAAAGAUUUUACAGCUUCAUCCGCAAGAGCUCGAUCGCGAUAAAUGCAAUGGGGCUGUUCCGACUGACCAAGAAAACAAUGCUUACGAUGCUUGGAGCAGUUAUUACGUACGAGCUAGUAAUGCUACACUUUGCACAGACCACCGCCAACCAGGGUAUCGUGCGAGCAUGUUCCCCGGAGCAGUUUCUAUUCCAGCCCAAGAUGCAGAUCACAACCAACUAAAUGAGCCGAACACUUCAAUCAAUAUAGCCACAGGGAAGGUCUUCUCCAACGCCUUUAGAGGAGCGAUGGAAUCGCAUCAACACUAGCUCGUACGUCAAUAUAGAUCCGGCCAUCUGUGGAUGAAAGAACUAACGAUUACCUUUGACACUUCACCCCAACCAAACACUCACUUACGGUAAGAAAUAUCCUGCGAGUAAUAGUGAAAAAUCCCAUUCCGGAGAUGGAUACACCACCGCUCGAGCAAAUGCGCAAUAUUUCCAGCUCAUCGUUGUAGUGCUCACUGCGUAUCUUUUGCACCAGUUUGUGCGUUCGUACCGAAUUUUCGUCCACGUCCGCUGCGAACCAAAGCUUCACGGAGGUGCGUAAUAUCAGAAAGGUGAACGAGUAUCGAAAGUACCAAUCGUUGAUGUCGUACGGUUUAUCUCUGUCGGGGAAUUAUUGUUUUUUUAGAGAAGGAAAACUCAAGCUCGU